GUAUGAAUUAAUUACUAAAGGAAGAAGAGAUUUCAUAGGAAAAGGAAUAGAUUGAGAAUGAAUAACCAGAAUAAGUAGAACAAGAGAAUGAUUUUCAAUAAGAUACAGAAUAAUAAGAUAAUAAAGUUGAUGAUGAAUAAUAAAAAUAAGAUAGUUUAGAGUCUCCAGAGAAAGAGUUGAAAGAUUAACCAGAAAAGAAAUAAUAGAUUGUUAAAUAGAAUUCUAAGAGAGUGGAUUCAUAGGAAGAAAUAAAGACUACUACAUAAAGAAAGGAAUUAAAUAAAAGAAUGGAAACUGAAAAGUAAUAAGGAUAGAAAACAACAUCUGAAAGAACAUUUAAAACAUUAGAAUAAAUAUAUAGCAAAAGAAAUACUCAAUCUUAGUUACAUCUUAGAACAUCAGAAUAAUUUGAUACUAAAAUAGUUCAUGAUUAAAUUAAUCGAUCUCAUUCAAAAUAAUAAUAUACAUUUUCGAAAGCAGAAAGAUUCUCGAGAACUAGAGAAAGUUAUUGUUCUAUUUAAUUUUAUGAUUCAUAGUAAUAGUUAAUUAAAUUAUAGAAUCUAAACCUAAUUAAGUAAAAGAUCUGCAGCACUUGGAUAUGGAAAUAAAUCAGAUUUUACUAAAAAAGAUAAAUAUAUACCAGGUCCUACUGAUUAUUUGAUUAAGUUAACUCCAAAUCCUGGAGUUAAAUUUGGAUAUGGCAGAGAAGAAACAAUAAUAAAAGGAAUACAUGGUAGACCAAAUAAGAACCCAGCUCCUAAUUUGUAUUAAGUUAAAGAUAUAAUAACAACUUAUAAAUAUUCAAUGGGUGAAAGAACUUCAGCAAAACGUACUAAUUUUGACAAUGAUUAGAUAUUUAUCUUGAAUCAACAACUCCAGCUCCUGGAAGAUAUGAUCUAGGAGGACUCACAGCUAAAGGUAAUUAUUUUAUUGGAAGAUUCAAAAGUAGUGGAGCACCUGUUAUAUCUCCAUCAACUACUAUUAUAAAAAGAUUGAAAAGAAUUCCAGGUCCUGGCACUUAUGAUCCUCCUGGAGAUAUUGGAGAUCUUAGAACUUAUCUCCCAUCUCAAUAUUCUAUUAGAAGUGGCUUUAGAUUUGGAUUUUAAGAAAGACAUACUCAAAAUAUUAAAAAUAAAUUAUGUAAAUUAUUAUUAUUAUUAAAUAAUAUAAGAUCCUGGUCCUGGAACUUAUUAAUUACCAUCAGAAUUUGGUGACUAUGAAUACCCACCUCUUAUUUGAUA